ACACCAAAAACUACCCGCAAAAAAAAAAUCCCAAAAAACCGUCGAGUUGUGGGAGUUAUCUGAAGGGUUUUUGUAGGGUUUUGUGCCGAAGUUACUUACACACACUUAUCCUCCAUAACUCGUACAGAAUAAUGGGUUCUUUGAAGAACGAAACAGAGCAUCUAAAUGGAGAAGAAGAAGAACCAAUUUUAUUGGAGCAAAACCAGAGGUUUUGUAUGUUUCCAGUUAGAUACAAUCAACUUUGGGAGAUGUAUAAGAAAGCACAAGCCAGUUUCUGGACUGCUGAGGAGGUUGAUCUCUCUUUGGAUGUACAACAAUGGCAAAAUUUGACCGAAUCCGAGAAGCAAUUUAUAAGCCAUAUUUUAGCCUUUUUUGCUGCAUCAGAUGGAAUUGUUUUGGAAAAUCUCGCUGCAAGAUUUUUAAACGACGUUCAAAUACCCGAGGCUCGAGCAUUUUACGGGUUUCAAAUUGCAAUGGAGAAUGUACACUCCGAAAUGUAUAGCUUACUUCUGGAAACAUUCGUUAAGGAUUCAAAGGAAAAGUACAGAUUGUUUAAUGCAAUUGAAAACAUUCCUUGUAUUGCAAGAAAGGCCCAAUGGGCUUUAAACUGGAUUAAAAGCUCCAAUUCAUUUGCUGAAAGACUCGUCGCCUUUGCAUGUGUCGAAGGAAUAUUUUUCUCAGGAAGCUUUUGCUCAAUUUUUUGGCUAAAGAAGAGAGGAUUAAUGCCAGGGUUGACUUUCUCAAAUGAACUUAUAUCCAGAGACGAGGGUCUACAUUGUGACUUUGCUUGUCUGCUCUACAGUUUAUUACAAAAGCAGCUUCCUUUGGAAAAGGUCGAUGAAAUAGUGCACGAAGCAGUUGAAAUAGAGACCGAAUUCGUUUGUGAGUCGCUUCCAUGCGCGCUUAUUGGCAUGAACGCGACACUCAUGAGCCAAUACAUAAAGUUUGUUGCUGACCGCCUCUUGGUUUCAUUGGGCUGUCAAAAGAAAUACAAUGUAGAAAACCCGUUCGAUUGGAUGGAGUUCAUUUCACUUCAAGGAAAAGCAAACUUCUUUGAGAGGAGAGUGGGUGAUUAUCAAAAGGCUUCUGUUAUGUCAAACCUUCAAGACUCUGCCCAGAACUUUGUCUUCAAAUUGGAUGCAGAUUUUUAGCCAAAAUAAUUUUUAUGAUCUUUAUAAAUAUUGAAAUUUACAGGGGAUUGUAACAUUUGAUAUAUGGUUUGAUUAAAUCAAUAAACAUUACUACUACGUGUAUGCAUAAGUUGGUUUGUACCAUAUGGAUAGAUUAUAUAUGUAUCUUAAGUUUCUGACUUU